AUUGAAGAUUUUGUCAUGUACCUUGUUGAAAUUUAGCUAUACCUUCCUCCAAGACCUCCCCCGCCCAUCACUCCCUCCCAGCCUCCAAAUCUAAAGCAGAGGUCUGUUGCUUCUUGAUUCCUCUCUAAUGCCAUGUCUCAGGAAGAUAACAGAAAUUCCUCCACAGCCGAGCGCGCAAGCACCGACGGUGGACGCGGGGAAUAUGACUGGACGUGUCCACGUUGUGGCAACGACAAUUCUUCAUUCAGGAGCAUUUGCAAUAGGUGUAACUGUACCCAACUCAGGCCAGCCGACCAUAUCUCAAAAUCUGCUGCGGAGUUAGUGCAAACCCCACGGAGUUACCCAUCUUCAGCUCCUUAUAUAGGUUCUGGUGCACCUUCUUCAAUGUAUAUGGGUGUGCCACCAUAUGGAUCAUCCCUUUUCAAUAGGUUGUCUAUUCCACCAUAUGGUGUUCCAUUUUCUGGUGGCUCAGCAUAUCAUUAUAAUUAUAGUAGCCACCUUUCUGCUGGCAGUCCUUAUAGGCCACUGCAUAUAUCUGGACCACUUCCUUAUCCUGGUGGAUCUAUGAUGGGGAAUGCUGAGAUGUAUGGUAUGCCACUCUUGAUGGACCGGUAUGGAUUGGGUAUACCAAUAGGCCCUGCCCUUACAGGGCCUAGGCCAGGCUUCUUUCCUGAUGAUAACUCUCUGAAAAAGGAUGCAGAUGCAAUGCGUGAUAAUGACUGGAUAUGUCCAAACUGUGGGAAUAUCAACUUCUCUUUUAGAAUUGUUUGUAACAUGAGGAACUGCAAUAUACCUAAGCCGGGAUCCCAGGCUGCAAAGUCAAAGAAAAAUUCCAAACAAAAAAUGCCUGAGGGAAGCUGGAAGUGCGAGAAUUGUAAUAACAUAAACUAUCCAUAUAGGACCAAGUGCAACAGACAGAAUUGUGGGGUUGAGAAACAUGUUGAAUCAAACAAGUCACCUUCACCAGUGGUGGAUGAGAAUGAUCAGGUGUCUACUAGUUUUGAUCUGGCAGAGAUAAUAAAGUAUCACUGUCUCAGCAUCUUCUGUUAGAAGCUAAUGGGAUCCGAGUUCAAAACUUAACUAUGUUUCCCCUAGCAAGUAAGUCUGAUGGUUAUGUAGUUUGAAUCAGUGCAACGACCAUUUCCCCUUAUUUAGUUGCCUUCCAUGGUUUUGUGGUGUGAAAUUAGAGGCGACCAGACUUGUAAUAUAAUCCAUUACCCAUUCACAUAUUUGUAGGUAGCUUUUGUAGCAGGCCUAUUAUGUAGCUGUGUUGGUUGAGUAACUACACUUGUUAGCUUUGCUUUAAGCCUCAUGGAUGUAAUAUUUGUGCUUUUACCUUUGCUAGCCCUGAUAUUUCUCACCUGUUAGCCUUUGAAUUUCAUUUAGUGGACAAUGUGAACUCCUCUAUUUUGUCAAUUCAAUCCAAGUUUUCUUCUUGGAAUUGAUCUUGCAGUACGAGGAGCCUCAUGUCCCCCUAUUAGUAUUGAUUUAAGUUGGAAAUUAUC